AUGCUCCAGUCCAAGAUUUGUUCUAAAACUUUAAAAUUCGGAUCUUCAAAAAGCUUUGAUUAUGAGCGGUUUAAUUUCUGUUGUUUGCCAGAAGUAGCGGCUUAUUAUAAAUACGUUUCCACAUAUGAUGUUGUACUUAAAACACGUAAAAUCGAUCCUAAUCAUGAUCGAAUUUAUUAUCCAUUCUUAUUAAAAUUUGUUUUGGUACCGGGAAAUGAUUGGAAUGAGAAAUUCGAAAAUUUUAUUAAGAGUCUUGGAAUGUUGUCAAAUGAUGAAUCAAAUAAUUGGAUCAGUAAUAGCGGUAAUAGUAGUAGUUCAGAUGAUAAUGUUUCCACUGAUAGUAUUCUUAAAUUAAAACAAAAUGAAAUUUAUUCUUCUUCUCUUUUCGCAAAUUCAAUUGAAUCCGUAAUAAAGAGUCCAGAAACUUAUAAUAAUUAUAAUAAUUGGAAUGAUCCAAUAAAUUCAAAAUCUACAAAAUAUACCAUAGAUAUCAAUUUUACCAAUUUUCAAUCUUCUACUAAUUUCACUCAAGAAGAAGAAGGAGAAAGUUUAGAUAAUUUAGAAUCAGAUGGAUUUGAAAAUCUGAAUAUUUCAAACUUUAAAGGAUUAAAUGAUAAAUUCAUUUUAAUAGAUAAAGAAAUUGAAAAUUUAAAUUCACAAUUAGAUAAUCAUUUAACAAUAAAUAAUGAAAUGGAUGAAAUAGAUAAGGGUAAAAAGGGCAUCAAAAAUCAAAUCAAUAGAAAUCCAAUAGAUUUAUAUAAUAAUAGUAUUGGUAACGUUGAAUUAUUAUUCAAUGUUUUCGAAAGAUGGAGGGAUCGAUUUAAUAAUUACGUUUCUUUAGGUGAAAUGGCCGAAGUAACAUUCUUUCAAUGGAAGAGAGCUGCCCAAAGAAAGAAAAAAUUGAAAAAAAUGGCGGAUAAUUUCAUUCUGAAUCGAUUUUUUCUUUAUUGGUAUAGUGGAUUUAUCCAAAAAUUUAUAGUAAAACAAAAACGAAAAGAAUUAUUAGAAAAAGUUUUUCUAGAAUGGCAUUACUGGACAGAAGAAUGUCGGAAAAAUCGGUUGUCAUCGUCGUCUUCAUCUAUUAUUCAAUUCAACGAUAAUGAUAAUACUAUAACCUAUGCAAAUCUCGAAUAUAUUGUUCAAUACUGUGAAGACAAGAUUAAAGGUGAACAUUAUCAAAAAUCAAAUUGUAAAAUUGGAGCGGGAUAUGAAGGGUAUGAAUUUGAUUAUACCGAGUUUGUCCCACGUAAUAUAAAAUAUAGAGGCCAAGAACCUUUACCCUCACACAUGAAAUUUCAAACACCACGAAGCGAAGAUUACGCAAAAAGGACUUCCCGGAAGCCUAAAUAUCUAAAUACUGUCGAUUAG